UGGUGGGUCGAUGCGACGGAACGCGGGGGGCUUGAUGGCGCUGCGGCGGGGCGAGGGCGGAGCACGGACACGGGCACUGACACCCGAGCGGCGUGACGGUGAGGUCUGCUUGUGGUGGGUAAUGGGCGAGGCCUUCUUGGGGCUGAGGACUGUUCGUGCGGGCUUCACAGACUUGCUCGAGUUCUUUUCCGCGAGCGCACCACGGGACUUGGAUGGGGCUUUGCCGGUGAUGGAAUCACUUUUGUCGCCUGCGCGAGUGUUCGUGAUAUCGACCAAUGUUCCAAAGGCCCGCUUCGGUUUCGGGCCGACAAGGUUCGAUGACGACGCCGACGAGAUGGCACUCUUCAAUACCGCGUUAAGCGAGUCCGACAGCGCGGACUUUACGCGUUUGCGUGACGACUUUGUGGCAGUGGGCAGGGCAGACAGGACAUCACUGUUCUCGUCAUUCUGCGAGUGUGUGCGCUUUGUGGCGGUGGGGCAGGAGUUCAUGUUCUUCACAUCGCCCUUCAACUUGUUCGAGUUCCGCAAUGACUUCAUUGCGUUCGGCUUCAUGGGGGAUAACUGCUGUCGCCGAGACGACAGAAGUGUGGGUGCAGUUGCUGUUGCCGAAGACAUGGCUGGCUGGCUGUAGUGGAGGGUUGUGGGUUGUGGGCUGUGGGUUGUGGGCUGUGGGUUGUGGAGAGGUGAGAGUAGUGAAUCUGGACGCGUUCCUCGACGUGAACGGAGAGGGCAGCACAGGUGGCAGUUGAAACCAAAAGCGAAAGGCCAAUCAAUUCCCUCGGAUCGGGAAUGUGGGAGUAGAAGCGGGAGGAUCUUCCUCUUUUGCGUCUUUUCGGUCUUUUCGGUCUUUUCGGUCUUUUUCGCUGGCUCUUUUUCUUUGUUCUUUUUUUCUUCUUCUUUUGGUCGUCGUCGUCGCGUUGGGAUGGGACGAUGAGAAGCAGGAGGUCGGAGCAGCAGAGGGCGAAGUUGAGGGCGGAGGGGGAACGGAGCGAAGGGAAGUGAGUAAGAAGUGAGUGGUAUUUAGAGCGCGUUCCGGGGGAGGGAGAGGCAGAGUUGUGAGUGAGAGCGCCCGAGCUUGGCGAGAGGGAGGAGGGUGAAU